AUGACCGGAGGAAGAACAAUCAAGGCUGCACUCUAUCAAGGCGUCAACCCUUCAGCCCCCCUCCUCAAUGUAACUGAUCUUCCCGCCCCAGUCGCGAACAACGGUGAUGCCGUCGUCAAGAUCCUCGCCACCCGUGUCGUCAGCUAUGCCAAAGAUGUCCUCAACGGCACCCGUCCUUACCCAAACCUCCUCCCCAUGGUCCCUGGCCCCGGAGGUGUCGGCAUCAUCCAAUCCGUUGCCCCUGGUGCGAUUCAUAUCAAGCCUGGGCAACUGGUCUUUAUCGAUCCCACAGUCCGAUCUCGCGACCAUCCCGUCACACCCGAGGCCAUGCUCCAGGGUCUGAUUGCAUUUGGCAGAGGCACAGAACUCCAAAGAGUCUGGAACAAUGGUUCCUGGGCCGAGGAGAUGUUGGUCCCCCUCGAGAAUUUGACCGUUAUCCCCGAGAGUGUCCAGGCCAAGUUUAGCCCCGCCGAAUUGACCUCCAUCAGCAACUAUGCUGUUCCUUUUGGGGGCCUCUACCCAAACCUCCGCCCAGGCCAAACGGUUGUCAUUACAGGCUCGACAGGCAUGUUUGGUUCCUCGGCUGUCGCUGUAGCGUUAGCUCUGGGAGCGCGACGCGUCAUUGCCUCGGGACGGAACAAGAAGCAGCUCGAUGAGUUUGUGACACUUUAUGGGCCCCGAGUUGUUCCUGUGGUGACGACGGGCGAUGUGGCCAAGGAUACCCAGGCGUUCUUGAAGGCGGCUGGAGAAGGGUUCGACAUUGACGUCUCCUUCGACAUCCUGCCACCUCAGGCGGCGUUUGGUGUUGUUCAGUCGUCUAUCCUUGCAUUGAGGGAUGGCGGUACUGCCGUUCUCAUGGGAGGGCUCAACUCGUCCGCCGAGAUUCCAUACUCUGCGAUUAUGACCAAGGGCCUCACGAUCAAGGGCCACUUUAUGUACGACCGCACAGGACCCACCACCAUCAUUGGCCUGGCCGAUGCUGGUCUGCUUGACCUCCACCACCGCCAGGAACCCAAGUUCUUCAAACUGAGCGAGAUUAAUGAUGCUGUCGAAUGGUCCGCUGCCCACCCUGGUGCCUUCGAUGCCACCCUCCUGAGCUCGAGCCACCUCAGAAUCGUCAAUCCACAGCAACUUGCGACACCCAUAACAUCUACAGACAACUCGUUUGAGCAAUGGACAUUCUUUGAGCCUCUCCUUCUGCAGCAACAGCAAGUGCAGCAUCAGCAGCAGAGGGUGAUGGCGUUACUUGGAGGCGACCGUGGAUCACCAGGGGCUGUAGGAGGAGCUGCUGGUAGUAGUGGUGCCGGAGGCCAGAAUCGUGGACUGCCGCCUGCGCCGGUGAGGAGUGAAUCGCGGACGACGCUUGACAGCAAUACCUCCAACGCCAGUAACACCAACAUCACCACCACCACCACAACAAUACCCCUGAGCACCCCCAUUUCAUCACCCCAACAGCCACCAGUGCCCAUUUCUCUACCUGUCCAACUCCUAAACCGACUCUACCCAUCCUCUGCCAUGUUUACGUCUGUCAGUGGUUGGAGUGGUGUCAACCCUUCAGCGACCGAGAGCAGUUCCUGUGCUUCCUCAUCCUCUGCAGGAUCGUACCAUUCCCGGAACUUUAUGAGUGGCGUUGGGGGCGGUAGCGGUGUCAGCAUCGGCGGAGGGUUCGGAUCAAGGAGCGCGACGUCUUCAAUGCAGCAACAUCAACCGGAUAUGAUGGCGAGACGGAAUUCGACAGAGUUGACAAGGACUGCUGCCGCGACCGCGAUUGUCAACACCCUUGUCAACCGAGGGAACAGUGGCGGUAGUGCGAGUGGCAGUGGUAGUAAUGAGGCGGUGGGAUUGUCGAUCCCACGUGGGGAUAGUCCUUACAUCCCUUCUUCGUUGUCGAUGCUCUUUUCGGAUCCCGAGAUCAUGCUAGCCCAAACCGAGGUUGACCAGUAUCAUCAGGAACAACAACAACAACAACAGCAAAGGAGGACGUCAAGUUUGCAAUUGACACCCUCACACUCAGGUGUAAGGGUUGGGUCUGGGAUCUUCGCAUAUUCGGAGGGAGACGACCAGGAGAGCGCCGCUGAGGAGAAUGACGAUAGUCUUUAUGGAGAGGAGAGCCAACUACUCCAGGAUUCUCCCCCAGGAAAUGAAGGGCAUCACACCACCACAACGGGAGCUGUCACAGGAAGAGAAGGAGAUGACGGCGGGUAUGGGUACGAGAUUGUACAGGAGGACCAACAGGAAGACGUGUUCAAGCCAUAUGUGGCCAUGAUGGCGCGGGACGACUACCUAGCGCCGCACGAGCCUUCUUCCUCCAGCCCGCUGUUCCCGUCCCCGUUGACGACGCUUGGAGGGUUUGCUUCAGGAACCAGUAUACUAGAUGUUGCUGAAGACCAACAGGCACAGGCAGCUGGAAGGAUAUGGCGGGACUACGGGACCAUGAUGGAAACCGGCGGCGGUGGACAGUUCCAACGACUACAGCAGCUUCAGAAUCCAACAACGGCACAGAGUCAUGCUGCUUAUUACCACGCCGUCUCCAAUUACCAUUACUCGUACAACAGUAACCCGCACGGCGAUGCAGUAGGAGGAGUGUCAUCAUCAUCAACUUCGCAGGUGAACCCGUGUGUACCGACGGGGCAUUAUGCGGUUCCGGAGAGUUGGCAAUGGAGACGACAACAUAGUCGUGGGGUUAGUCAGCAGUCCUAUGGGAGCGCUGGUGGAAAUGGUGGUAGUGGUAGUGGUACGCGGAGGAAUAAUGGUGAUGGAUCAGAGGACAACUGGCUCAAGGGCAUGUAA